UCCCAGCCGUCCGAUUGGCCCAACGAUCGCCCACCUACGAGCGCCAUUAAAUUUCAAACCACCGCCAAAUUUCGAACUUCCAAAACCCUGAACCCUAUAUAAACCCCACCACAGUCUCUCUUCCACAUCAACUCAAAUCAGAGUUCCAAGAGCUAUCACUCACUUCCUGAAAACCCUAGAAGGUUUUUGGUAAUCUCGUUCGAAUCGAGAAUGUCGGGCCGCGGAAAGGGAGGCAAGGGCUUGGGCAAGGGAGGAGCCAAGCGUCACAGGAAGGUCCUCAGAGAUAACAUUCAGGGCAUCACGAAGCCUGCGAUUCGUCGUCUGGCGAGGAGAGGAGGCGUGAAGAGGAUCAGCGGAUUGAUCUAUGAAGAAACCAGAGGGGUCCUGAAGAUUUUCCUGGAAAAUGUUAUUCGCGAUGCUGUGACCUAUACGGAGCACGCCAGGAGAAAGACUGUGACGGCCAUGGACGUGGUUUACGCUUUGAAGAGGCAGGGAAGGACUCUCUAUGGCUUUGGUGGUUAAAAUUUCUCUUGGAAGGUUUUGGAUCUAUAUUGUAGAUCUUGUUUUGUUGUCCCUUUUUUUUAAUGAUGUUCUGUUAUCACAUGACUUUGUAACUCUCGUUCUCUUAUUGAAGGAAUCAAUGUUUCAUUUGAGGAAA